CAAGCAUACUGUUUGCUUUACCAAACUUCACCAACUGAAUAUAAUAUCUAAAAGCUCCUUCAACUCUCGCUCUUGCUGCUUUCUUCAGCUUCUGUUCUGUGUCUGUUUUCCUUGUAGCUCUGAGCCUUCGCUUGCUGAGGCUCAGAUUACCAGCAAGGAACAUUGCAAAAUGGGAUUAUUGGGAAAGUUGGUAAAGUUCCUGUUGGGACCUUGCUUAAAGCCCACAACCACAGGCGGCGACUCUGAAUCACUUGGGCCUUACGGCGUCUCCGCUGUCACAGUUGGCGAUUCGGCUCUUGCCCUCGACCUCUUCAACUUUGAGAUCACCUCUCAGGUCCCAGAAGGACUCAGUCAGCAUGUUGUUUCAUCCAAGAAGGCUCAAGCCAACUGGUAUAGAAAACUAGUUGAGGCAUGGAGAGAAGCACAACCACCGCCAAGAACAGCCGAAGAAGAAGCUAGGCUUGUUAUACAAACCCUGAACAGACAGCAAAAGGCAGUUGAGGGCUUAUUGGCUUUCUAUGGUCUUCCUCUUCCCCAUGCUGUGGUCGAAGUCCCUGCUAAACUCCCAACUUCAUGGCCUCAAGGAGUACAGUUUGAGUUCCAGACACUACCGGUUGAUGCAAGAGCAGUUGCAGAUGGCGAUGGACUGGCAGUCUAUGUCAGCACAGCAGAUCCUACGGAGUCAUCCCGUGUUCCGAAUGAAGUGCAAAUGGCGGCCGUCCAAAGAGCAAAAGCACGCGCCAAGAAAAAUUACACAAAAGCAGAUGAACUUCACAAAAAGAUCACUGAUGCUGGAUAUCGGGUACUAAAUAUUCAAAAUGAGGAGAUCCUUGCCCGAAAGUGUCGGAUUCGACUGAGGGGUAUAGAUGCACCAGAGAAUGAAAUGCCCUAUGGACAAGAAGCCAAACAGGAGCUGGUUAGGCUUCUUGAGGGAAAGUGUUUGAGGGUCCUUGUCUAUGGGGAAGAUCAAUUUGAGCGCACUGUAGCUGACUUACAUUGCAAUGGCAUAUUUGUACAGGAAGAACUGCUCAAGAAGGGGGCUGCAUGGCAUUACGCAGCCUAUGACCAACGUCCGGAAUUUGCCAGAUGGGAAAAAGAGGCUCGACGGAGGCGAGUCGGGUUAUGGGCUUCAUCAAACCCUGAGAAGCCAUGGGAAUGGAGAAAGCAUAGGCGCGGAGGCAGAUCAUGACAUAUUUAUGACAAAAUUAAGUUCUGAUUGAAACAUUAUGUGUAAGACACAAAAUUAUGUCUUUAGUGCAAGUACAAUAGGUUUUGGAGUGAAUAAGAAGUUUUGUGUAGCUAUCCUUGCACAUUAAACCCAACAUUGUGUAAUUAUUUGUGUAAUAUACUUCCUUCUAUGUUUGAAUUGUA